CUUCUAGUGCAUUAAAUAUCGACUGCUCCAAAUAGGUGUAUGAAAACACAUCCCCAACAUACAAUGCAUAGGCACCAGAAUAAAACCAGAAUUCGCUUAUCAACACACACAUCUACUGAAGGGGAAAGACGUCUCACCACGCGACUAUAGAUCGACAGUACGUACUCAUUGGAUCACCAGGAAACCUGCCCACCACAUCACUUGGCCUUUCGAGCCGGAUAUAUUAUAGUUCCUGAAGCUCGUAUCGCGGGAAAAUUCUUGCGAUCCAUAAUUCAGAACGUCACAGGCUGCCAAAACAAAAAGUCAUUCCGCAGUGCAACGCGGGGCAAGCCUCUUGCAGCUCAACAACCCAGUCCGAGAAGUUCCUGUUCCACUACUUUAAUGUCCGCCCAGAUCACAGUGGCGUCACAGGACGUUCCCAAAGAGCGUUUUAACAGGAGAUCGGCAGUCUUCAGCCAGAUCAGGACCAUUUGGAGCUUGCCCAGCAUACAUUCUAAAUCUGCAACUGAUUUAAGAGAGCUCCUGAAUACUGUCAAUGGAUGCGUCACGGCCCUGGAGCAAUGCGAAGUAUCCGCAGCCGAAUUGCUGGAUUGCUGGAUGGUUUUCCUGGCCUCCACAAAAUUGCCCAGAGAGAUCUUGAUGCUCUGGGAAGAGUCCUUAGCCGACCCUACUGAGAUUCCGUCCUGGGAGGCGAUGAGUGAAUUCCUGUUACGCCGAUCUCUCACUCUCGAGAUGAUAGAGCUUUAUAAUCCCAGCAGCUCUAAGCAGGCCAACGCCAAGGUAUGCAAAAGGUCACGGACCUGUGAUCUUUGCUGUAAGAAGUAUCAUCCUGUGCGAAAGUGUCGUCGUUUCCUACAGAUCACCGUAAAUGAGAGGAUUGACUAUAUCAAGCAGAAAAUGCUCUGUUUGAACUGCUUCGCACGAGGACAUGAACUUCGGGAUUGCCCAUGUCCAUACGACUGCUUUACUUGCCUAGGGCGACAUCACACACUUCUUCAUCAGGACAAUACCCCACCAAUUGUCUAGAAGCCAAAAUCCGGCCAGUUUCCUACCUACAGCAGGAAUGUUUCGGAAGCCAGUUCCAUCCAAAAUAAAGUUCCUUAACUAGUUCGAUAGGCAAUAUAAUUAAUUUAAUUAUUUGUUUACUAAGUUACAUUAUGUAAAAAGUUAAAUGUUGCAACGGCAAAUAUUGAAGGAAUUAAUUAUGAUCACUUCAAAACCGAAAGAAGCAUCUUUGUAAGCCCUAAGAUAAAAAUGAUAUCAAUGGGAAUAUUUUUGAAAUACGGUCUUUGAUGGUAUAUAAUCUGUAAGUCAAUUUUCAUUGAAAAAAUCCAUUGAAUAUAUCCUUAAAAUAAUAAAUUACGCCUAUUUGGGAGCCGAUCUGUCUUUGCGUAGUCGGCAGACUCCUGCCAAUCGAUUCGCAUCAUCACGAUUUUCGUAAAAAAAUCUACCUAAUAUUUUUAGCUGUUUUUUUUAAUGCCGAUCGUCAGUCUGAAUCAACCUGAGCCUGGAAAAGCAGGUCCUAGGUAUAGCGCUCCGAGAUACUCACCCCUUCUUGCUUACCACAUUGAAGAGCUGAUAAAAUAAGAUUUUAAUUGAAUGAAGAUAUCAAGAUUUAUUCCGACUUGUUUUUUUUAAAAUUAUAUUUUUGUAUUUUGCAAUAAAAAAGAAGCUCCUUAGAAAAAUACAAUUCUGAAUACAAAAACUAA